AUAUUGCAUCGGGCAUUGAAAAUAAAAUAUCGCAUGUUGCAAACAAGUAUUAUUUUAAUGAUUGUUUUAUUUAUGAUACUAUAAAUAAAAUAAUUUGACCGGUAAAUUGUGAUAAUUAUGUUUUUAUUAAUUAUUAGUAGUAUAUUAAUUAUUUUAAUAUCUUGGUUAUUAUGGACAAUACGGAGUCGAAUAAAUACUCGUGAUAAAAAAAGAGUGUGUAUUGUUGUAUUGGGUGAUAUUGGACGCAGUCCACGAAUGCAAUAUCAUGCAUUAUCAUUUAUGAAUGAAGGAUAUUUCGUUGACAUCAUAGGAUAUUUUGGUUCUGAACCACUAGAAGAAUUGAAAAAUAACGAUAAUGUCAAUAUUCAUUACUUAACACAUGUACCAGACUGGAAUAAUCGUAUGCCGAGAUUAUUGUCAUAUAUUAUUAAAACAUUAUGGCAAGCUAAUGAUCUAGUGAGAAUAUUAUUUACUAAAAUCCAAUCGAGUUAUUUAAUGGUACAAAAUCCACCUGCUGUUCCAACUAUUCCAAUAUGCUGGUCUUAUUGUCGUAUGUUUAAAACACAAUUUAUUAUCGAUUGGCAUAAUUAUGCGUACUCGAUAAUGGCAUUAACAAUUGGAAGAGAUCAUCUACUUGUUAAAAUAACUAUGUUUAUUGAAUCAUUUUUUGGUAAACGUGCUGAUAAAAAUUUCUGCGUUACCAAUGCUAUGAAAAGUGAUUUAAACGAAAGAUGGAGUAUAGAGGCUACAGUUUUGUAUGACAGACCACCGUUGGCAUUUAAACCAAUUGAUAUAUCUGAGAAACAUUCCUUACUAACUAGAUUAAGUAAAACUUAUGAAGAGUUUGGAAAUGGUGAAGAAGAUUCAUCUGCUUUAACAGAAUGUUUACCUAAUGGUGAAAUUCAACUUAGAAAUAAACGACCAGCAUUAAUUGUAUCCAGUACAAGUUGGACUGAAGAUGAAGAUUUUUCAGUGUUACUUACUGCUUUGAAAGAAUAUGAAUUGGCUUGCUGCAGUGAAAGUUCCAUGUUACCAAAUUUAAUUUGUGCUAUUACUGGAAAAGGUCCUUUAAAAGAUUUUUGGACAGCUAUCAUAAAAUUUAAAAAAUGGAAACACGUUAAAAUUGUCACUCCUUGGUUAACAAAUGAAGAUUAUCCAAAAUUAUUAGCAAGCGCAGACUUAGGAAUAUGUCUUCAUACAUCAACAAGUGGACUAGAUUUACCAAUGAAAGUUGUUGAUAUGUUUGGAUGUGGACUACCAGUCUGUGCAUAUAAUUUCAAAUGUCUCAGUGAACUUGUAAGGCAUGAAGAAAAUAGUUUAGUGUUUUCAAAUGAUCAAGAAUUAUCAAGUCAAUUGAGAACAUGGUUUUACAAUUUUCCAAAUAAUCAACAACAAAUUGAGAAAAAUCAAAGAUUUCGUCAGGAAUUAGACAAUUUUCAAAAACUUCGAUGGACUGGUAAUUGGAGAGAUGUAGUGUUUCUCAACGUCCGCCCGAUAAUAGGUAUAGUAGCACAAGAAACUAGUUAUCAUAUGCGAAAUGUUUAUGAUAAUCAGUAUAGCAGCUAUAUAGCGGCGUCAUAUGUUAAACACAUAGAAAGUGCUGGUGCUCGUGUUGUACCUAUAAGGAUUGGACAACGUGAGUCAUAUUAUGAAAAUAUAAUGAAUAAAAUAAACGGAGUCCUUUUUCCUGGAGGCUCGACUUUUUUCAACACAACUAAUGGUUAUGCUGAUACCGUCCGAAAAAUCUAUUGGAUUGCAGUUCGUAUGAAUGAACAAGAAGAUUAUUUUCCACUGUGGGGAACUUGUUUGGGUUUUGAAGCGAUGACGUACAUUGCGGCAGGUGACGUUGACGUACGAGUGUCAUGCAAAGGAGUAAAUAACGUAGCUUUACGUCUAAAUUUUACAAAAAAUUAUUCUAAAAGUAGAUUAUUUAAAAACGCACCGGAAGACAUCAUUGAUAUCUUAAAAACUCAAGCAGUAACUGCAAAUUUUCAUAAAUUUUGUGUUACGAAAGAAGGUUUAGAAAAGGUUAACCUGUCAAAUACAUAUCGAGUAAUGACUGUGAACUAUGACGAUAAUGGGUUAACGUAUAUUUCAACAAUGGAGCAUUUUAACAUGCCAUUCUAUGGUACACAAUUUCAUCCAGAGAAAAAUAGUUUUGAGUGGGCUAAUCGAUUAAGAGGAAUACCUCACAGCAGCAAUGCUAUAAAAGCUGGUCAAUAUUUCGCAAAUUUCUUUGUCGAUGAAGCUCGUAAAAAUAAUCAUUCAUUUGAAUCAAGGGAGGAAGAGAUUGCACAUUUAAUUUAUAAUUAUCCUAUAACAUACACUGGCCCAACGAAUUCAUCAUUUGAACAAUGUUAUUUAUUCGAUGAUACUUUAUAAGAAAUAAUUUUAUACUCAACUAUUUAACAUAAAAUUAACCGAUAUUCAAUCAAUAAAUAUUAUUGAUUCCAUCAAUAUCAUCGAGAAAUAAUUAAACUUUUAAAUAUGAAUUAGGAUAAUACUUAUAUUAGAUGGUUUUUAUUGAUUUUAUUUAUUAGAAAAAACGUAAUAUUUAUUAUAAUUUAUUUGGUGUAAAUUUAGUUACGGUUAUGAUAUAAUUUAUGACAGUUCUUAUAUUACAUUGGAAUAUAAUAUUUGUUGUAAGGUUUGUGUCGAAAUGUUAACUAUUUUUCAAAUAGAAUCAUUUUUAUACCACAAGUACCAUGACUUCGAUUUUUAUCAUAAAACAAAUAUGUAAUCCUUAAAUUAUGAUACUAUUAAUCAAUUAAUUCCAAAUUUAUGUGGUAGCAGAGUAUAAUAAUAAGUAGGGGAGGGAGAGAGGGGGCACAGUGGGCCCCUUAAGGAAAAUAAUUAUAAUAUCAUUAAUUUUUUUUACGCGUUUACUUCUUUUUAGACCCUUGAUCCUUAUUUUCACUUCAUUAUGCUGCGUCCAUUAAAAAUGAAAAAUCGAAAAUUAGGGGCAGAGUGGGCCCUCCAAAAAAUUUCGGAUUUGAUAUUAAAACGACGAUUAAAACAAUGGAGAAGAUAACAAUCAAAGAAAAGGGAAAAGGAAAAAGCAAAUCAAAACAAUCGGUGGAUGAUACGGCUUGUAUUUUUUGUGGCAAAUUAUACCCAGAAUCUUUAGAGCCAUGGAUUCAAUGUGGCCAACGUAAAAAUUGGGCCCAUGAUUCAUGUGUCGGUGUUCACAUAACAAAGUUGUGCGAAGCUACACGUGUGAUAUUUGCAAAUAACUAUAAAACAAUUGUAUUUUAAUAUUAUAAAAAAUCAUUUCAAUAGACUGCUGCGAUAUAACUUUAAAACGUAAUUUAAUUAUCUUUAACUUUCUUAAUAAAUUAUAUUUAAUGAACAGUUUUGAUAGUUUAUUUUAGCUCUCAUUACAUAAGAAAUUUCGAUAAGCUUAUUAUCCGUCCGAAUUUAUUGAUGUAUAGAAAAUUGUACAGGGCCCACUCUGUCUCCCCCCUCCCCCUUCCCCUGCGAUGGACAGUGUGGCUCAAUAAGUUAUAGAUAAAAUUGAACGGAAUAUAAGUAUAGGGCCGAAUAGCUCAACUUGUAGAGCACUCGGCAACAGUCAAAGACGGUUUUCAAUAGUUUUUUUUUUCUGUCAAUCACAAGAUUAAAAAUUACUGAGUUCAACUCAUAAACAAAAUAAUUUAUAAUUAAAGUGAUUUCAAAUUUAAAUAGCCUUCAGCUUAUCACUAAAGUAUAUGCGAAAGCACAC